UCUACAUACGAACCCAAUAUACGUGCAGAAUAUUGCAAUCAAUUAUAAUUUUACAGGAAUUGGCACUUCAGUUAUAUAUCGGAGCAAGAUAGUUGGAUAUCAAGGACAAUUAUUUUAUGAUAUCCUAUUAAACCAGAUAUUACAAACAAAUUUUCGUGUUAUACAACAACUUUAUCUCUUAGUACAUUAAAACGGUCAAUGUAGCUACUUAUCUUUACGCGAUGGAUAGGCAUAAACUUAACUUUAGCUACUAAAAGAAAACAAGUUUACAAGCGGUAAAACAAGUUGAUUGUCUCAAAGAAAACACAAAGAGAAACUAUAUUGCAUGUCGUACACCAUCAAACAUUUUGAAUUAAAGUUAUAUUGAUCCAACAGAAUUCCAACGGUCAACGAAUAUGUAAUUACAGUUAGCCUUACACAAUGUUAUACCCGGUGACCUACAAAGUUUGCAAAAUUGCUUGUCAUAUAAUUAAUUAGGCAAACUACAAGUACAGCCUUUGGGGCAAAUAUACUGGAGAUAAAGGAUGUUUUGUACUCAACGACCUUUGCAGAACGAAAAGGAAAUUACGACAUGGCAACGAUUACGUUAAUUUAUUCCAAUGUUAUCAUAUUUAAGGCGUCGACCAGGAAGAAGUUGAAUCAUAACUGAGUAAGUGGGCAACGUGUUUACGAUUCAAGUUGCUUUGUUUAAGAUUCAAAGAUACAAUAACAGGAAAGAGAAUUGAAGAAGUAAUUUGUAUUACAACAUGAAGAGAGAUGAAAGUGGCAGUAUCUCAAAACAGAAUCACUCCAUCGAAGCCAUUCUAGGGAUGAUUCCAACAAAAAAAUCACCGACAAAAAUGAGAAAGUCUUUUAUUUCAUAUCGGGAAAGGAAUGCUGGUAUGAAUGCGGUAAAAGGCAGACGAAGUAGACGAAGUAGAACCGCGUUUACAGCAACACAACUACAAGAACUCGAACAGGCUUUUGAAUCGUGUCACUAUCCUGGGAUUGAGAUGAGAGAGGAGCUGGCUGAGAAGAUAAAUCUACCAGAAGCCAGAGUUCAGGUUUGGUUUCAAAAUCGUCGGGCGAAACUGAAACGUAUUGGGCAAGUGCAGACGACAUUGACAGACGAUAGUCAUAACAUGUCUGACAACGACACAGUCAUCACUCAUUGUGGCGGUUAUGAAGAAGGCUUUGAAGAACAUAAAAUUGAUCGAGCUCAUUCUUCAUUUACAAGAUACAUAGCAUUAGGUAACGACAGUAGAGAUUCAGUAUCCCAUCCAUACGCCUGUGUACCUGUUUUAGUAUACAGUCCGAAAAUACGCCACGAUCCUUACGUUUAAAGAUGGUAUAGAGAGUAAAAUAUUCAUCCUAUCUCUAUUUUAACAACAACAUUCAAACAAGAAGUAGCUAUGGCUAAUAGCAAUGAAACAUUCUAUCAGUUUAUGUAAUACUGAGUUUUAUCGCAGUAAACUCCUGUGCUCUAUUGAUAAAAGCAUAUUAUAUUUCUACGUGGAACCUGCUCGCAAUUUUAAAAGCUGGUUUACAUGGAUGUAAAAAUACGUGAACACUAUUUAAACUGCCUUCAGGACGAUAGAAGUUAAAACAUUGAACGCAUGUAAGUAUAUUGUAAAUAUAUUGUAAAUAGCAUCUUUCAAAGAUUGUAAAUUGUAUAUAUUUUAGAAGUACUAGCGUUUGUCUACGGUAUUUUGUAUCAU